AUGACAAUGGAGAAGCCACCAAUGCAUGGUUCAGGAGCUGAUAAUGGUAAACCAGUAACCACAUUUGUUCACACAGACACAAAUGCAUUCAGGGAAGUAGUGCAACGUUUAACAGGUCCCUCAGAAGCCAAUGCAGCAAAAGAAGGAGAGGCCUCAACAAAGGUUACCAAUGUGAAGAAGACAACAACAACAACAGCCAAACUCCAUGAGAGAAGGAAAUACAUGAAGCCUAAACUUGAGAUUGUUAAACCUCCUUUUUAUUUUAAACCAGGUGCAUGUUUAUCACCCUCUAAGUCAAGAAAUUCUAGCUUUCCUCCAAGUCCUGUAUCAGGUAGUUCAAGUCUUCUUCCAAGCCCCACCACCCCUUCAACAUUGCUCUCUCAAUUAACUAUUAUGGAAGAUGAAAAGAAAGAAGAGUCAGUAACAACAGGACUAAACAUAGAAGAAGAAGAGAAAGCUAUCAAAGACAGGAGAUUUUAUUUGCAUCCAUCACCAAGGUCUAAACCAGGUUACACUGAGCCAGAAUUGCUUGCUUUGUUUCCUCUGGCUUCUCCCAAUGCAAGUGAGAAAGUAUAAUUUUGAAGAUCAUGAGCUGCUAUUCUAUAUUAUGUGCUGCAUGCUUCAAAUUACAGAUACCACAUGUUG